AGAAUCCAAUCCAUACAACGAUUACAGUGCUCAAAUACAAGUGAUACAUAAUGUGCGCGGUGGUGGAUCGGUGCGCGCGCGCAGCUACAGUGUCGGAUGCCGUCGGCUGUUUCCGCGAGGGCUGUCAGUGAGGGCACAACAUGGCGGAGAAGGUCAGCUGAUCUGAAGCAAGCGCGCGCAAGCCUCACAGCAAAAGGCGAAUAAAGCGCAUCAUGCAGGUAUUCGGCGAGUGGGCGCAGGUGGAGGUGGUGGAGCUGGUGAACGACGGGUCGGGGCUGGCGUUCGGCAUAGUCGGCGGCCGCUCCUCCGGCGUCGUCGUGAAGAGCGUGCUGCCCGGGGGCGUCGCCGACAGAGAUGGGCGCCUGCGCAGCGGCGACAUGUUGCUGCGCAUCGGCGCGGUAUCGGUUGUGGGGAUGUGCGCGCGACAGGCGGCGGCGGUGUUGCGGCAGUGCGGCGCAUGCGUGCGACUGUUGGUCGCGAGACCAGCGGCUUCCAACGCGUUGCCUAUGCAG